UUUGGGCAUGUCACCCAGUGCCGCACCAGGCACUGCUUCACCGGUGAGUACUAUCGCUUCUUUGUCCCUGCUGAACCCAAUGAUUGCAGCCCGCAUAGACAGACGCGGGCCCACAUUCGCCAAGACUGCCUGCAGUACGUGCCCCACUGGCACGUCCUCCGCGGCAUCAGCACAACCAUUGACUUACCCACCAUCUUGGGGACUGAAAAGGGUAUCGCCGCGCUGACGGUGUUCAUUGCGCACAGCGGCACCUUCACAAAAUCAGGGGCUCCUAGG